GGGGGGCAAAAACUCCAUCUCGGUAAUCGACUAGUAGUGAAAGUUUUCCGAGGUGGAAGCCUUCUCAAAGCUUGUUCGUUCAGCUUGGCUGUAAUCUUGCUGGUGCCAGAUUGCACAUCAAUGCCUCUCUGACUCUUCGAGAUCCUCAACGACGCAUUACCCCUCUCCAACAGCCAGCCGAUUCUCCAAUACCGCACUCGAAACAACGUUUCUCCACGGUUGGCACAGAUUCGCACAUGAUGCUCCUGUCCUCGAACGAGUGGCAAAAUCAGAACUGCGCUCUUGAGGAGGACGGCAAAGGGAACCAACUGUCGAGCCACUCGGUGACUGGCAGGGGCGGCAACAGCAGUGAAGAUGAUUCCACCAUCGACUCGUCCAUUCCACCACACCCCCUCGGCAUCAAACCCUUGGGCAACAAGUACUUCUCUGCCGGCGCGGAUGCUAGGAUGUCUAUAGGAGCGCUUCAGGCUCUACCCGAUGAAGUGCUUAUGCAGCUCUUGGAGUAUAUGGAUGCGAGGACAUUAAGAAUGUUAGGCUAUGCAUGCAAGUAUCUCUUCGCCUGCUGCAUGGCUGACGAUGUCUGGAAGUCGGUCUUCCUGGAGUCAGAUCUCGGCAAGAAAACCUCCUUCGAGUGGCGAGGGUCCUGGAGAGCAACAGUUCUCGGCUUGUCGCCGGAACAAACAGCUCGGGUAGACUGUAGCAACGUCUUCUCUGAUGUGUUACACCGCCCGUUUGUCUGCAGCCAUAUCUCUUUGCUUCAGUACACCCGGAACAUCCCAGCCGCCAACCAGAUUGAUCGCCUUCAGAACAUGUCGUAUGAGGAGUUUGCAGAGAAGUGGAGCAAGAAGCCGUUUAUCCUCACCGAUUGUAUCCAGCCUUGGCCAGUCACCAAGUCGUGGACUCUGGAGGGUCUCCUCUCUCAGUAUGCGGAGGUUGUGUUCCGAGCGGAAGCGGUGGAUUGGACGUUUGCGACCUACUACCAGUACAUGCGGAACACCCAAGACGAGAGCCCUCUCUAUCUCUUCGAUCGGAAGUUUGCCGAGAAGAUGUCGCUGAAAGUCGGCAAGGAGAACGGGGCGGCAUAUUGGAAGCCCCAAUGUUUCGGGCCUGACCUGUUCGAGCAUUUGGGAGCCGAACGGCCAGCGCACCGCUGGCUCAUCAUCGGUCCAAAGCGCAGCGGAUCUACUUUUCACAAGGAUCCCAAUGCGACGAGUGCCUGGAAUGCUGUGAUACAGGGCGCUAAGUACUGGAUCAUGUUUCCUCCCUCGGCGACCGUGCCCGGCGUGUUCGUAUCCAAGGACAGCAGCGAGGUCACUAGCCCGCUCAGCAUCGCGGAAUGGCUGCUCGAGUUCCACGCAGAAGCAAGGCGGCUCCCCGAGUGCAGAGAAGGGAUUUGCAGAGCGGGCGAGAUUCUGCAUGUCCCGAGCGGCUGGUGGCAUCUCGUGGUGAACCUGGAGGACGGGAUUGCCCUAACACAGAACUUUGUGCCACGGUCUCACCUGGGCGGUGUUCUGUCCUUCCUUAGGGACAAGGCAGAUCAGGUAUCCGGGUUUGAGAAGAGAAUCUCGGAUCCGUACGGUCUCUUCGUGAGCCGCUUAAGGGAAGAACAACCCGACUUGCUCGAGGAGGGUUUCAAGCAACUGGCUGAGAGGAAGAGACGGUGGGAAACCGUAGUUGGUGACGUUGACAGUUCUGGGGAUCAGCCUCAGAAGAAGAACACUGGCUUCAGCUUCGGGUUCGGAUUUGGGGACGAGGAUGAUGAGAUCCCCUGAACCUGUUGGAUACCCAGUAGUCUCGAAUGCAACAUGUUCACAACGCACAUCCCUGGCUAUAGAUCGAAAGUUGCCUUUCUCCGCACGAGUGCACCAGGCGCUAAGGCUGUACUUUGCACCAAUUCAACAUCUAUAAGGUCCGUUGUCCAAUCGUAUACGGAUGAG